UUGAAAAUGGCUCACAGCCAGAUCGUCACCUGCAUUGACGAGCUCGAGCAGCACGCGCGCACGCACCUUCCGAAGAACGCCUUCGACUACUACUCGUCUGGCGCCAACGACCAGCGCACACUGGCUGAAAACCGCGCGGCGUUCUACCGGCUGCGAUUCCUGCCUCGGAUUCUGCGCGACGUGUCGCAAGUGGACCUCGGCGUCUCGCUGCUCAACGGCACCCAGACGCUCGCCUCGCCCAUCUGCAUUGCUCCGACUGCGAUGCAGCGCAUGGCUCAUCCCGACGGCGAGAUUGCCACUGCUCGAGCCGCUGCUGCUUCAGAGUCGCUCAUGAUUUUGAGCUCCUGGUCGACGACGUCCAUUGAGGACGUGGCCGCUGCGAACGGAAAUGCCGGUGCGCGCUGGUUUCAGCUCUAUGUCUACCGAGACCGUGCAGUCACCGCCCAGCUCGUCAAGCGCGCCGAGCAGUCUGGAUACACUGCACUGGUGCUGACCGUCGAUACGCCAAUUCUUGGGCGCCGCGAAGCGGAUAUCCGGAAUGGAUUCCGCCUCCCUCCACACCUCCGUCUCGCCAAUUUUAGCGAGACUGACAGCAAGGCUACGGGAGUGUCGAUCACUGACAAGAAGGAUUCCGGGCUCGCUGCCUACGUCGCGGCGCAGAUUGAUCAGACUCUGACAUGGAAGGAUGUCAAGUGGCUGCAAUCCAUCACCAAGCUCCCAAUCAUUCUCAAGGGCGUCUUGUCACCAGAAGACGCGACUCUUGCAGUCGAUCACGGCGUGCAAGGCAUUCUGGUCUCCAAUCACGGAGCACGGCAGCUGGAUGGAGUGCCAGCAACCAUUGAGGCGCUCCCUGGCAUUGUCGCUGCCGUGGGCUCCCGCUGUGACGUUUAUCUGGACGGCGGCGUUCGACGUGGCACUGACGUGCUGAUGGCUCUGGCUCUGGGCGCAAAGGCAGUGUUUGUUGGCCGGCCAGUGUUGUGGGGCUUGGCGUACAAGGGCGAGGAAGGUGUGCAGAUCGCCCUGACGCUUUUGCAACAAGAACUCAAGCUCGCAAUGCAGCUGGCGGGGUGCUCAAAACUUGCCGACCUCACACCUUCCCUAGUCGUGAGUGCGUCUACUUACACUCAUGCCAAGUUGUAGCCUGGAUAAUUGCAGCAUGGAUGGUGGUGUUCGGAGUCAGAAUUCCCGAAAUACAAUCGAUAUUGAAAAGACAAAA